GCGCGGUGAGCACUAGGCGAUUGGCUAUAUAGCUAGAGGCAGCGGCCAGAGCCGGUUGCAGAGAGGAAAGGUUCUUUGCGUUAGAGAGGGUCGCCGUUUGGAGGUAAAGCGCUUAAAAAACCAGAAAAUGGAAACUAUUGUUCGCCGCUGCCCGUUCCUGUCACGGGUAUCCCAGGCUUUCCUGCAGAAGGCCGGCAAAUCUCUUCUUUUCUAUGCCCAGAACUGCCCCAAAAUGAUGGAAGUCGGGACCAAGCCUGCUUCGCGAGCCUUAAGUACAUCAGCAGCUCAUUGCCAGCAAACUGAAGAAAGCGCCUCCGCUAGCGAGAAGGCCAAAAUCUCCCCUGAUGUGGCUCAGCAAAAUAUGAGCAAAUCUCAGCUUCCAGUAAGCCACCCACCUACCACUAGCCAGAGUGCUAACCAGGCUUCUGUGUCUAAAUGUCCAUUUUUGGCAGCUCAGAUUAAUGAAGGGAAUAGUAAUGUUUUCUGCAAAGCCAGCCUGGAACUCCAGGAGGAUGUGGAAGAAAUGCAAGCUGUAAGGAAAGAGUUUGCCAAGACACCAGAAAAAGCUGUUGAGACUGAUGGUGAAAAGCAAAAUGGGUUGCUGAAGAAAUUCCAGGACAUCAUGUUGAAGCAGAGGCCAGAAAGGGUGUCUCAUCUGCUUCAGGAGAAUUUGCCAAAAUCUGUUUCUACUUUUCAGUAUGACCAGUUUUUUGAGAAAAAGAUUGAUGAGAAGAAAAAAGAUCAUACAUACCGUGUGUUCAAAACAGUGAAUCGAAGAGCCCAGGUUUUUCCAAUGGCAGAUGAUUAUUCAGAGUCUCAUACCAGCAAAAAAGAGGUCUCUGUCUGGUGCAGCAAUGAUUAUCUUGGAAUGAGUCGUCAUCCUAGAGUUUGUGGAGCUGUUAUGGAAACACUGAAACAACAUGGUGCAGGGGCAGGAGGCACCAGGAAUAUUUCAGGAACCAGUAAAUUCCAUGUUGACCUUGAAAAAGAAUUGGCUGAUCUCCAUGGAAAGGAUGCUGCUCUGUUGUUCUCAUCUUGUUUUGUAGCUAAUGAUUCAACACUCUUCACAUUAGCCAAAAUGUUGCCAGGUUGUGAAAUUUAUUCAGAUGCAGGAAACCAUGCUUCCAUGAUUCAAGGGAUUCGAAACAGCAGAGUGCCAAAACAUAUAUUUCGCCAUAAUGAUAUUGAUCAUCUCCGAGAAUUGCUGAAAAACUCUAAUCCGUCUACUCCGAAAAUUGUUGCAUUUGAAACUGUUCAUUCAAUGGAUGGUGCAGUUUGUCCUUUGGAAGAGCUUUGUGAUGUAGCUCACGAACAUGGAGCAAUCACUUUUGUAGAUGAAGUCCAUGCUGUGGGGCUGUAUGGAACUCAUGGUGGUGGCAUAGGAGACAGAGAUGGAGUCAUGCAUAAAAUGGAUAUUAUCUCUGGAACACUUGGCAAAGCCUUUGGUUGUGUAGGAGGCUACAUUGCCAGCACCAGCUCUCUGAUAGACACUGUUCGUUCCUAUGCUGCUGGCUUCAUUUUUACAACCUCUCUGCCACCCAUGCUUUUAGCUGGAGCACUAGAAUCUGUGAGAACUCUAAAAAGUCCGGAGGGGCAAGCCCUUCGUCGCCAACACCAGCGCAAUGUUAAACUCAUGCGACAAAUGCUGAUGGAUGCUGGGCUUCCUGUUGUGCAUUGUCCCAGUCACAUCAUUCCUAUCAGGGUUGCAGAUGCUGCUAAGAACACUGAGAUCUGUGACAAAAUGAUGAGCCAGCAUAGUAUCUACGUCCAAGCAAUAAACUAUCCCACUGUGCCACGUGGCGAAGAGCUGCUGCGUAUUGCUCCUACGCCUCAUCAUACUCCACAGAUGAUGAACUAUUUUAUUGAGAACUUGCUAGGAACUUGGAAGGAAGUGGGUUUGGAGCUGAAGCCGCACUCCUCAGCUGAAUGCAAUUUCUGUAGGCGACCCCUCCAUUUUGAAGUAAUGAGUGAAAGGGAAAGAUCCUACUUCAGCGGAAUGAGCAAACUUGUAUCAGCUACCGCUUGAAGAAAUCUAUAGCCCCAUACAUGUCUUGUCGUCUUAUAGUCAGAUUGUUCAUUGUAACCUGUUACCUGCAUAUUACUUGCAUUUUAUUCUACACAAUUCCUCCAAAUAAACUUUGGUGUUAUAUCAGUUA